GCGGCCCAGUUUAGCAGUGCACCAGAAUGCCACCCAAUAGCCGCGCCACAGGCACCACGGGAGUGCUCUACGAGGGCGACACCGCACCGCCAACGAGCGUGAUUCAAGCUCUGAAGAAGGGCGGACCCGAUCCGAAUCACAAGCUGGAGCUGGCGUGGCUGAAUAUUACGCUCUUUACGAUCCUCCACGUGUCCUCGGUGUACGGUUUGUGGCUGCUCUUCACAGCCGCCAAGUGGCAGACAUUUCUGCUGUUUCCGGCAGCGCUGGUGCUGACCAUCGUUGGGAUAUCCGGCGGUGCACAUCGCCUGUGGGCGCAUCGCACCUUCAAGGCGAACACGCCGCUGCGGUUGAUCUUUAUGUUCCUGAACACGUUGGCCUUCCAGGAUGCGGUGUACUAUUGGGCACGCGACCAUCGGCUGCACCACAAGUACUCGGAGACGGACGCGGAUCCGUAUAACUCGCAGCGCGGUUGGUUCUUCUCCCACAUCGGUUGGCUGUGCUGCAAGAAGCAUCCGGAUGUCACGCUCAAGGGCCGGGAGAUUGAUCUCUCGGAUCUGCGCAACGACAAGCUGGUGAUGUUCCAGAAGAAGCACUACCUGAUCCUCAUGCCACUCAUUUGCUUCGUGCUGCCCACCGUCGUGCCGAUGUACUACUGGGGCGAGUCCCUCAACUGCGCCUGGCACUGCUUCACGCUGCUGCGCUGGUGCGCCAGCCUCAACAUUGUGUGGCUGGUCAACAGCUCCGCGCACAUGUACGGCAAGCGGCCGUACGACAAGAACAUUGCACCCACCAACGAGGCAUUCCUGAUGUGGUUCCGCGUGGGCGAGGGCUACCACAACUACCAUCACGUCUUCCCCUGGGACUACAAGAGCGCCGAGCUGGGCAAGUACUCGCGGGAUGCCACCACCUACUUUAUUGACUUCUUCGCCCGCAUUGGCUGGGCCUAUGACCUCAAGAGCGUCUCCACGGAGGUGCUGCGUCAGCGCAUCACACGCACCGGCGAUGGCACACAUCCCGUGUGGGGCUGGGGCGACAAGGAUCAGCCGCAGGAGGAUGUGGACAGCACCACCAUAACGCACAGGCGCAAGGAAACUGCAGCCGACAGUUGAAUUUCAGUGGAAAAUUAUCCCUAAAUCGAAAUGUACAUUUGAAAUAAAUUCUAAAAUAAAUUAGAACUCAAACUAGG